GGCCCCGGUCCCGGCCGCCCCGCGCCCGCCGCCCCCCGGUUCCCCCCCGGUUCCCCCCCCCCCCGGCAUGGCGGGGCCGCCCGUGCCCAGCUCGCAGAAGGCGCUGCUGCUGGAGCUGAAGGGGCUGCAGGAGGAGCCCGUGGAGGGCUUCCGCGUGGCGCUGGUGGACGAGGGGGACCUGUACACCUGGGAGGUGGCCAUCUUCGGGCCCCCCGGCACCGACUACGAGGGCGGCUACUUCAAGGCUCGUCUCCGGUUUCCCAUCGACUACCCCUACUCUCCCCCUGCGUUCAGGUUCUUGACCAAAAUGUGGCACCCCAACAUCUACGAGACCGGUGAUGUCUGCAUCUCCAUCCUGCACCCGCCCGUGGACGACCCGCAGAGCGGGGAGCUGCCGUCGGAGCGCUGGAACCCGACGCAGAACGUGCGGACCAUCCUCCUGAGCGUCAUCUCGCUGCUGAACGAGCCCAACACCUUUUCUCCUGCCAACGUGGACGCCUCUGUGAUGUACCGCAAGUGGAAGGAGAGCAAAGGGAAGGACCGGGAGUACACGGACAUCAUCAGGAAGCAAGUCUUGGGGACGAAGGUGGACGCUGAGCGGGAUGGCGUGAAGGUGCCCACCACGCUGGCAGAGUACUGCGUGAAGACCAAGACUCCGGCCCCAGACGAGGGCUCGGACCUGUUCUACGACGACUAUUACGAGGACGACGAGAUGGAGGAGGGAGCAGACAGCUGCCACGGUGACGACGAUGACUCUGGCAACGAGGAAUCUUGAUGGCCCCCUGGCGUUGCGAAGCGUACUAUAAACUACUGAGUUUUACCUCAACUAGGACAAACUGGUUUGAAUUUAGGAUCUGUCAGCCCUGAAAUUAACUCUCUACCUCGCAGGGAGACUGUUCUGCUGUUGCAAAGGAAACCCCAGCGCUGUCUUUGUAGAAGAAGCAAAAAAAAAAAAAAUCCCUAUUUUAUAAACUGCCUGGGUGGGGACGGGGAAGUCUCGCUGGGGCAUUCAGGAGCCCACAGCCGCGGGGGGGCUGGCGGCUCUGCCUGGCUGCUCGGGCACGUCCAGCUCCUCCCGAGGUGCAGUGUGGGGAGGCCGUGGAGCUGGGAGCAGGGAGCUGGGAGCAGGGGAGCUUCUGUGCAGCUUUCUGUAGCCUCCGGGCCGGGAGGGGACUGCGGGGGGGUGGUUGGGGGGGGGCACAGCUCCCCCUUCCCUGCUGUGAGGCUGCCCCGAGUGGGACCCCGCUGCCGCCCCUUCCUGCAGGGGGCCGUGGGGCAGGCCGUGGCUGUUGGCAGCUGGGAGGGAUGGGGUAGUUCUGAGUCUUUCUGCUUCUGUUUUUUUAGAAACUAUUUAAUAAAGCGCUUUAAGGGA